AUGGACGUCGAUGCCUUCAAGGUGGACGCCGAAGAAACAGAAACCGAAACCGAAACUGAAGCUCGAGAGGCAAAGAAGUACAAGCGUGCAUGGAUACACAUUGUAUGGGGGCUGUUUCUUUUUGCUUUGGCAGUUGUCAUCAUCUCUCUUGCCACCAUAGCAAGGACUGAGCUGGGAUCUGAUGAUACAACGGCUUGCUUUAUCAUGUUUGGGGAAGGCAUCAUAAGCGCUUUUUGUAUCACAUUUGGCAUUAAUGAAAUAUACAAAGUAUUUCGCCAGAAGAGAGAGGCUUUCGAGCCUGCGGAGAGUUUGCCUGUCUGA